AUGAAGAUUUUAUCAUCAAUUUUGAUGUUUAUAUUGAAAGAGGAGGAAUAAAAUAAUCUUUUUUUCAUUUAAAAAUAAGAUAGGUUAACAUAAAAAAUGAACUCUUCUUAAAGUGUAUUGUUACUAUCUAUAUUUUAAUAAAGAACAAUCUUCAAAUGUAGAAUUUAAGGUAUAGAAAGUAGUAUUUCAAAGCUUUUACAGGCUAGUCUAUGUUUUAAUUGA